CACAAUCGGUUGUAGUUGAGAAGGAAAAAAAAAUCACACACACACGUAUAUAUACAAUGAGUGGGAAAGGAAAUAAGAUAGAGGAAGAGGAGGAGGAGACAAAGGUUGUUCAUCAUUGGAGCCACGAGCAUCGUCUUACUCUGGGGGAACCUCGUAUAGGAGAAGGAUGUUUUGGCUGUGGAAGGCCUUUUAGUGGAGGAGAGAAAGUUUAUGCAUGUAGAUGUUGGCCGGUUGAUAUCGUAUUAGAUGAAGAAUGUUUGGGAAUGCCGAGGAAGAUUAGACACGCAAUGCACCCACAACACAUACUCACUCAACAUGUAUUCAGCUUUGAUGACUACGAUGACGGAACACUCACAGGAAAGUUGUGUGCAAUCUGCGAAAGUUCUCUUAUCAACACGGAGGGGAGAAUUUUCUACAACUGUAUGAAGGCAGAAUGUAGGUUGUGGAUGCACAUGAGAUGCGCGCAGGGUAGUGACAUGAUGUACGAUGCAGCCGAUGAUGAUGACGACGAGCAACAUCGCACCAUAGAUCAUCCGAGUCACCCCAACCAUGGAUUGAAGUUGGUGAGGAGGAGUUGUCGCUUCAAGUGCGAUGCUUGCGGCAUCACACGCGGGGGGAAGUCCUACAUGUGCUGCAAACCUAAUUGUCAGUAUUGGAUCCACGAGAGUUGCGCAUCGUUGCCUCAAACCAUCGAAAGCGAGUACCACUCUCACUCCCUCUCUCUCUCUUUUCAUGUCCCACCUCGAUAUAUGAAAUGGAACUUGAAAUGUGAUGUGUGUGGCAAAUAUUUACCAUCUAAAUAUUGGAUAUAUCAUUGUGAGUUGUGCAGCUAUGUUGUCCAUCUCAAGUGCGCCUUCAACCCUACUAGGUACGUUGUGAUAAAUAUUCUUGUGUCAUUAUUUAGACGGUGUUUGGCGAAGCUUAUUUCACAGAGUUUAAAAAGAAUAACUUAUAAUUUUUUUUUCAAAAGCUUAUAAAUUGUCAAAGUAUUUCA